AGAACCAUCGGAUUCCACCGGUCUGCUACCAUAUCGUAGUAUAUAUUCAGUCGACGUUACCCCACCUCGUGUUAAACCGCCGAAAUGGACUCGUCCGCGUACGUUCGUUUCAGCUGACUGUCGUAUUUAGUUGUAAAGUUGUACGGGAAUCAUUCGUCGUUACCCUUCAUAGUAAAACCGUUACCGUCGAAUCGAAGCGAUUUAAUUGAACGGGUUACCUUGUAAAUCCGGCCAAUGUGUAGGCGGUGUUACAAAUUUAUCUAAUUGUUUUUACUCUAGUGUGUUUUACUAAUUCACCUAAUCAGUAUUUUUCUGCCUAAUUAUUGCUUAAUACGAUCGUAUAUUUGUGUUAUUAAUAUUUCAUAUUCGCGAAGUUACACGUACGUAUCUCUAGAUCUACGGUCUACGGUUUUGGUGCAGUUCGUUGUUUGUUUUCUUCGUCUGGUGUCUCGUUUUUUUUAGAAAAACAUUUAUGACUGUGUAAGUUCAUAACUGUACUUUAUUAUAAAAUUGAGCUUGAUUACCAAGCUCGGAUCGUGUUGUUGAAUAAUGAUAAAAUAUCUCACCGAGAGACUAAGGCAGUAUACUUUGAAUGAAGAACAGUCAAACAGUAAAGUCAAGGAAAGUGAUCACGAUUCAGGGGCGGAAUCUGACGAUCAGAAUCCAACUAUGGAAAGUGAAGAAUGCAGCAGCAGCAGUAGCAGCGGUGGCGGUCGCAGCGGCCGGCGCAAUAACCACAACCACCACGGCGAUAUGAGAUCGCCUACUUCAUCGCCAUAUUUCCUAGACUCGGCUCUGCAGAGCGAUAACGAUCUCACAUACGAUCACCACAGUUCGGAAGAAGAAUUGGAAGUGAUCAACAGCAGCGUAGUGUCACGCCGCGGCGCAUCCGGCGCCAACGGCGGCGGCGUCAGUCGCCGCUCCAAAGACGUAAUACGAUGCCGCAGCGUUAGCAGCGUGCUGCCGGAGAAACGCAAAUGGUCGGACGCGAUGGACGCCGAAUCGGCUGCCGCCGCUGUAGCCGCUGCCGCAGCCGGCAGCGAAUUAUCAAACUUGUGCCAUAGGUCACGUGUACGGAUCUCAUCACGUCGUCAGCAUUCGUCCUCCGACGAGAAUAUGUACGCGACCGAUGGUCUCGGCCUGGACCCGGCUCGCUCGCACAAAUUCGUCAGCGGAUGCAGUUCAGGAGCUAGUUCGGACGAUGAGACUACGCCCGCGCCUAGCGGAGCGUUCGCGCCCAUCGCUCCGUCGACGCCGGUCAACUUUAGCCGGUCGCCGCCGCUAAACGCGCACAAACCGCCGACUCUUCGAUCUCUAUCGCCGCCGUUGAAGAUGCUGAAUUGCGAUUCGACGUCGGUCGACCAGCAACAACAACGAUCUCAAGUUAUCUCGCCGCGUUACAAAAGACACCGAUUGACGCCCACGCAACGUGGACAACACGCCCAUAAUAUCCAGCGGCCUUGUUUAGAUUUCGAGAAAAUGCAACAGAUGAAAGAAAACGCUGUCACUACAUGGCGCCAUCACAGCAACGGCGAACACGGGGGCGAAUUAUCAUUAUAUUGCUGGUGAACGUGUAAGGAUGGCGAGGAGUUUAUCAAAAUACAUAUACAAAGGUAUAUGAAAAAAAAAAAUGAAAAAAAAAAACGAGAAAAGGACAAGAACAGAGAGAUUGGCUGGCGAGAAAAUGGAAGAAAAUUACUACUACAACAACUAUCACAACCACAUAUUUUUUCCUUUUUUGGUGUUUUUUUGUUGAUUUUUUUUUAUCGCUACGUCGUCAUCACCAUUUUCGCUGACUUGGCUCGCUAUACACACUUCCUUUCGCUUUAUCCUCCUCCUCAGUGUAUAGGUGUUUUUUCCCUGUUGAAAAAAAAAGACACUGUACGUAUAAAAUAGUCUCUCCCUAUAUUACAUAAUAAUAUUUUACGUAUGUAAUUUUUUUCUCGUAUUUAUAAGCAUCUUUUUCCUCUGUGUCUGUCUCUGUCUCUCUCUCUUCGGCAGCUCCCUAUAUCAUCUCACCGUUGGGAGGUUUUUUUUUAUACUACUGUGUGCGUGGAUGUUUUUUAAAGCUUUUUCUCGUAGAGUGUCGUUUUUAAAAUUUUCUUUUCGUUCGUUCGUUUGUUUCGUCGAUGUACGCUUAUUUUCGAGUAGGUUUUUUUUUCGUCCCACUUUGGGGUUUUCGUUCGUUAUGUCCAACGCUAUGAUAUUCGUUUUUAUGUGUGUGUGUGUCCUGUUUCUUUUUUUUUUACAUUUUACGUUAAUGUUGAAUCAAAAUUUCUUUUUAAUUGGCGUCGUCGUUUGUAAAUUAUGCGACGGUGUUGUUUUUUUUCGUGAAAUGAGACGAGUGUGCGUGUUUGUGUGUUAUUUUUUUAUGUGUAAAAGUUAAAAGUAGUGUUUCGAAUAAGGUGCGAGAAGUACAUAAGGGAUUUGGCGGGUCUCUGAAAUUUUAAAAAAUACUAAAAGUGACAAAAAGUACGGUGCUGUUAAUCUGUUAAUGUGUUACGAAUAUAAUACCAAUGCUGCGUGCUGGUGGUUUUUCCUCUAUCCUUUUUUUUUUUUUUUUUUUUUUUUACAUCAUUAUACUAAAACUAUGUAGUUGUUAAUUUGAAAAUAAGCGCUUUUGUAAUGUGAAUUUUUAUCCUGUGUUGUAUCGUGAAUAUUUAUGGGUGGCGUGCCAAUUUCUCUGUAUAGUGGAAAAAUCGAAGUUGCGCGCAGGUAUUCUGUUCUGUGGGCGAAUUUAUAGGUUCAUGUUUUGAAAAUCAACUAAAUACGGUAGCGAAAUUCCAAUUAGAAAAGAAGGAGGGUGGUCUAUGUAGAAGAGGAGUACUUGUGAGAGAAGAAUGCUCCCAUUCUGAAUGUGCUCUCGUAUCUGUGUACGUUUUUUGAGAAGGAAGGGGGGGAUAUUAUACGCGAAUUGGUGGUUUAUAUUACAACGAGAGGAUUAAUUGUAAUCUAUAUUACGUUGCUGGGAGCAUUUCGAAACAAUUAUAAUGAAAAAUGUAAAAAGUUUCGAAUUUACUUAAAAAUUCUCGGCGCGCCACGUACAAACGAGAAUACGACCGCUGACUCCGCCAGCGCGAUAAAAAUUGGUAAAAAUAUUCGCCGUGUUUUCCGUUUCGUUUUUUCGUCGACUGCGUUGUGUAGGUUGCUACGUAAAAGAAAAAAAGGAGAGAAAAAAUGAAAUUAAAUAUUUGAAAAACUAUAUCGUUUUACUGCACGCAGUUAAAAGAACAAAAAAGUUAUUAAAGUCGAGAGAAAAAAGCAAAAUGCGAAGGCGCGGUUCGAGUUGAGAAAAAUUACAUCGGUGUAAUUUGGCUCGUCUUGCUCGGUCUUGAUAGUUGAUACGGUUAUAGUUGGUCUCGAUGCUCGAAUUUUUGUUUUUUGGAAUGGGGAGUGGAAAAUGAAGGUGUUUUUGGUAAAUACUCGCAAUAUUUAAUGUGUAUUUGAAGGAAAGAUUGGGGGGAGGGGGUAAUUAUUGUCUUAUUUUUUGAUCUUGAAGCAAAACUCGAGUGAAAGCUUCGAAAUUGAUUAAAAUUCAUUACACUGCUGCUUUGUUACUCAAUUUCAAUCGGUUUCGAUUCUUCAUGAACAGUUUUAAAGCUUAUUACUGAUCUAUUACCAAAAUUACGGUAAUUACAUGAAAUUACAAUAUGGUAAAGGGUAAUUGUGAGGGGUAAUCUGCAUUACUUUUACGUUGCAAAGGUACAUUUUUUCAGAAUUACUUUGAAAAAAAUUCACUCGAGGCUAUAAUGUUAUAAAAUUUACGAAGUAAUUACUAUUUUUACCAAAAUUACGGUAAUAACCAAUACAAUUACACGGUUGAAAGUAAUUACAGCGGUAAUUUACAUUAUUUUUUAAGUUCUGUUAGUACAUUCUGGAAUAUUGGUCUUGAGAAAAUUUCAUUCCAGGUAAAAACGUUACAAAAUUUACCACGUAAUUACCAUUUUUACCAAAAUUACCGUAUUUACCCAAAAAAUUACUCGGUAAAGAGUAAUUUCGAGGAAUAAUCCGCAUCAUUUUGUACGUUCCAAGGGCACGUUCUGAAAUUAAGCUUGAAAAAUUCAUACGAUGCAUAAACGUUGCAUCAUUUACCUCAUGUUUACCUUUUUUACCAAAUUUACGGUAAUUACUCCCGGAAUUACAUGCUAAAAAUUAAUUAAGACAGGUAAUUAGCUAUCAGCAUCAUUUCACGUUUUAAAAAUACAUCUUGAGAUUGAAAAAAAAAACACUCGAAGCAAAAUACGCCAAUAAAUUUUACCUCGUAAUUACCAUUUUACCAAAAUUACAGUAAUUACCCUUGGAAUUACACGGUGACGAGCAAUUACGAGCAGUUAUCUGCAUUAUUUUUCAUCAU